AUGCUCAUCUGCGACACAAACACCAUACUUGUACAGAGUCCUAGCGGUGAGAGACUGCGUUCCUUCGCCGUGAAGAGUGCAGACAUUCCAGGCAGCAAUCUUCAUCACAUCUCUUCUUGCAAGGACUGUGGUGGCUUGCUGAUUUCUCAGCGGUCUCGCCGACCAGAAGACCGGCGCGUCGGAUACACAUGCAGCGGAGGCCCUAGCAUUAUUCAUAUUCUUGUUAGUUUUAUCGCUCAUCUUGGUGUCACCCGUCACCAAUAUCGGAACUGGAUCACCGGGAAGAGCCUUCGGCUGGUGGAGAAGGCGAGGGUAGCGCGAUUGACAGGAGCUGCGAAAUUUUGCGAUCUACGGCGCCGCGCAACUCACUCCAUCCGCGCUGACCGAAAUGCGCAUUGGCGCACCGUCGCCGAAGAGACUGAGCGUGCAGAAGCCUGUUGUCACUCUCGCAAACUCUACCAGAUGGUGAGGCGGGCGAGUCGCGGAACUACGGGGGCGAGUGAGACGCUUCGCUCCCGUGAUAGUGCUAUUAUCGCAGGUCUGGGCGAGCCGCUAAAUCGGUGGAAAGAGCAUUUUAACGAGCUACUCAAUCAUCUGACUUCGGCGACGGAAGUGGCCGUUGAACCGACCGACGAAUACGACUGCAACACUGCACCCCCAACGGUAGAUGAAGUGCGAGAUAUUCUGCGCCGUCUGCGUAACAACAAGGCUCCUGGUGAGGAUGGUAUACCUGCAGAAAUAUAUAAAGCCGUGCCAGAUGUAUUCGCCUCCAAGGCCAUCCUACUACCUUUUUUCAAAAAGGGUGAUAGGAGACUCUGCUCGAACUACAGAGGAAUCAGCCUCAUCGAUGUGGUGGCCAAAGUAUUUGCAGUGCUUCUCCUGCGAAGAUUUCAAGGCAUCCGUGAUCUGCGAACUCGCCCGUCUCAGGGUGGCUUCCGCCUAGGCAGGGGCUGUGUUGAUCAGAUCUUCAGCCUGCGGCGCACCCUCGAACAACACUGGGCAUACCAGCAACCAACAGUCCUCUGCUUCGUCGACUUUGCGGCUGCUUUCGACUCCGUUGAUAGAGGCUCACUCUGGCGUAUCAUGGAGGCCGAUGGCAUGCCCACUAAACUCCUUCGUCUCAUCAAGGGCUACUAUCGGUCGACGCGAGCCCGUGUUCAUGCUUAUGGUGAGGAGCCGGAGACGUUUGAGGUGAAGACUGGUGUGCGGCAAGGGUGUACCUUAUCCCCUACCUUAUUCAACUAUACAAUCGACUACAUCCUCGGCAAGGCCCAUCAGGACUACGCUGGAGUUGCGUAUUUUUGCCUUGAUCUUAUCUAUCUAUCUAUCUAUCUAUCUAUCUCACUCUGUUCAUUACCUAUCUGUCUAUCUUAUAAUACAUUAUGA